AUGGGGUGGCCACUCAGAAAGGCCUGGAGCUCACCACCCCCCGGCACCGGAGCCUCACCGCCCCAGGAACCGGAGCCUCACCACCCCCCGGCACCGGAACCUCACCACCCCAGGGACCGGAGCCUCACCACCCCCCCGGCACCGGAGCCUCACCGCCCCAGGAACCGGAGCCUCACCACCCCCCGGCACCGGAGCCUCACCACCCCCCGGCACCGGAGCCUCACCACCCCCCAGGAACCGGAGCCUCACCACCCCCCGGCACCGGAGCCUCACCACCCCCCGGCACCGGAGCCUCACCACCCCAGGGACCGAAGCCUCACCACCACCCCAGGGAUCGGAGCCUCACCGCCCCCCAGCACCGGAGCCUCACCGCCCCAGGGACCGGAGCCUCACCACCCCAGGGACCGGAGCCUCACCGCCCCCCGGCACUGGAGCCUCACCACCCCCCGGCACCGGAGCCUCACCACCCCCCGGCACCGGAGCCUCACCACCCCCCGGCACCGGAGCCUCACCACCCCCCGGCACCGGGAGCCUCACCACCCCAGGGACCGGAGUCUCACCACCCCCCAGGACCGGAGCCUCACCACCCCCCGGCACCGGAGCCUCACCACCCCCCGGCACCGGAGCCUCACCACCCCAGGGACCGGAGUCUCACCACCCCAGGGAUCGGAGCCUCACCGCCCCCGAGGACCGGAGUCUCACCACCCCCAGGACCGGAGAGCCUCACGGAGCCUCACCACUCCCAGGGACCGGAGCCUCACCUGCCUCACUUAG